AGUAAGAAGAAAAAAAAAAACGAAAACAACAAUAACUUUAGUCAUAGUUUAGUGACAACUAUUAAAAUAGUAAAAUAUCGAAAUUGCAUUUUAAUGUCAUUUUAAUUUAAAUAUACAAAAUAAUUGUUUUAAAAACAACUCAAGCAACAAAAUAGAAAACUAUUAAUUGAAACGCAAAGAAAACAGACUAAAUAAAUAUGUCUGAAACAUACGAUUAUUUAUUUAAAUUUUUAAUAAUCGGUAGUGCUGGCAGUGGUAAAAGUUGUUUAUUGCAUCAUUUUAUUGAAAAUAAAUUUAAAGAUGACAGCUCUCAUACCAUAGGCGUAGAAUUUGGCUCACGUAUUGUCAAUGUCGGUGGUAAAUCGGUAAAAUUGCAAAUAUGGGAUACUGCUGGUCAGGAACGUUUCCGUUCGGUAACACGCUCAUAUUAUCGUGGGGCAGCUGGAGCUUUAUUGGUCUACGACACUACAUCACGUGAUUCUUUUAAUGCUUUAACAAAUUGGCUCAAUGAUGCCAGAACAUUGGCAAGUCCUAACAUAGUAAUACUCUUGGUUGGGAAUAAAAAAGAUUUAGAAGAAGCCAGAGAUGUUACAUUUUUGGAGGCAUCUACAUUCGCCCAAGAAAAUGAAUUAAUAUUCCUGGAAACAAGUGCAAAAACUGGUGAAAAUGUUGAGGAGGCAUUUCUGAAAUGUUCAAAAACUAUUUUGGCUAAAAUAGAAACUGGUGAACUAGAUCCGGAGCGUAUAGGCAGUGGUAUACAAUAUGGUGGGGCCGCUUUAAGAAAUUUACAACAAACACGACAACGAAGUAUUAAUAAGCCUGAUUGUGGCUGUCGCGUUUAAUUUUUCUUUUAAAACAACACUAUCUUUAGUGUUUUAUUUUCCUCUUCUUUUUUUUUACUCCGGCAUAUCCUUAUAUUUUAUCUGUGUGUAUUUAUAGUGUUUUUUUGAAAAUCUCAUCUUAGUAGUAAUAUAAGUACUUUUAAUACCUAUAAGAAAAUUGAUUACCUAUAAUUUAAAGUUGGGUUUAUUUUAUGUUUUUUUUUUUUUUAAAACACUCAUUCCAUGUUUUAUGCAAUUAAACCUUGCCUCCCCCCUCAACUCAAAAAAGAAUCGCCAUUAUAUUGUUUUACUUAUUUGUUUGUAAACUUAUUUUCUCUUUUCAAACAUUUAUUUUUAAUAUUUAAAUUAUAUCUCAAAUUUGUGCAAAGUUGUUUAAUUGAUUGGUUUUUAAAGGAGCGAAGAAAAUGUAUCGUUUUAUUAUUAUUUUUACUCUAGGCAUUUCUCUUUGUAUAUAAUAAGACCAAUUAACUAUAAAUAAAGCGAAAAAUGAAAAUCUCGUUGUAGUCUGUAGAAACUGAACAUACAAUUAUUAAGAAGAAUAAUAAACAAAUAAUGUUGCACCCAA